AUGUUACGUUCUAAAAGGGCCAGAUUGAUGACAGAAGUUGCUAGAUCUAACACUAAACAGAAUGAGACUGUUACUGUAGUUAAAACUGCAUAUAGUGGAUCAAUAUUUAUGGAUGCAACUAAAUUAUCUGAUGUGCAAGAAUGGGUGAAUGAAACGGUGACAUUUCCUGUUUCAAUCAAUGUAGAGAACGACGACGAUGUCAUAACAAGUGACAUUGAAUUAGGUGAUUCAUUUGAUGAAGACUAUGAUGAUGAAGACAAAGACAAGAACUAUGAGCCUCCAUUAGUCCAAAGUACUGAAUUUGUUGAACUGCACGAAAAUAAUCAAGAACCUCCAUUAAAAAAUAGCAGAAAAAGACUAAAAAAUGAAGGUAAUUGGAAAAAAAACAUACAAAAAAAAUUAAGAAAUGAAGGAAAAACAUAUGUGUCAGGUUCAAAUUUAAAAGUAGUCGCUGCCAGAAAACUAGGAGUUCCUUGCAAUGAAAAAUGCAGAUUAAAAUGUAUUAAUAAUAUAACUAUUGAUGAACGUAGAGUAAUCCAUGAAAAGUAUUGGGAAUUGGGAGACUUAAACAGACAACGUGAGUUUAUAAUGAGACAUAUUUAUUCAAUAAAUCCCAAGUAUCGAGCCCGUCUAGACAGUAUGAGAUCCUUAAAUUAUGGUUAUAAUCUAGAAGUUAAUAAUGUUACCAUUAGAGUGUGUAAAACAAUGUUUAUGGCAACAUUAGGUAUUAGUAGUAGAGCUAUUUUUACAACCACUAAGAAAAUGAAUGAUGGUAUACUUGAUGUUGAUAAACGUGGUAAACAUGGUAAUAUUGGACGAAAAGUUGAUGAAGCAACAAAAGAUACAAUAAGAACUCAUAUUAAAUCAUUUCCCACAGUACCAUCCCAUUAUUGCAGGGCAAAUAAUUCCAGACAAUUUAUUGAAGGAAGUUUAAAUAUUUCAAUGAUGUACAGGUUGUAUAUAGAAAUGUGUAGAGAACAAAAUAUUGAAUAUGCCAAAAAAAAUAUGUAUCAAAAUAUUUUUAACAGUGAAUUUAAUAUUUCAUUCUUUAAGCCAAAAAAGGAUUUAUGUAUGUGUUGUGAAGCGUUCAAAAAUUUAAAUCAAUCAGAUGCAGAUAAAUUUGAUGUGGAAGACCAGUAUAACAAACAUCAAGAGGAAAAACGCUUAAGCAGACAAGAAAAGAAAUAUGACACUUGUGAUAAAAAUACCAUAAUUAGCUGUUUUGAUUUGCAGGCUGUAUUAAUUACACCACGUGGAGAGGUUUCUCAAUUUUAUUAUAAAAGACGCCUAGCAAGUUAUAAUUUCACUAUUUAUAAUGUGAAAGAUAAUGAAGGGACUUGUUAUUUUUGGCAUGAAGGAAUGGGUAACAGAGGUUCAUGUGAAAUUGGAUCAUGUCUGUAUCAGUUUAUAAAAAAAACAAGAAAAUAAAGAGAAAAAAGUUGUGUU